CCGCUGCAUAAGAAUCCAUUAUUUCCUCAACAUGAGUCCUGUAGUCAUUAUUUUGUUGGGUGUCGUCAUCGGUGUCUCCUGCCAAGAACCUCAUUACCAAUCGCCGCAUCAAGCGGCGAUUUUAAGCGACGCGCGUUAUCUCGCAGGUGAUGGCACAUUCGGUGCUGCCUACUCUCAAGAAGACGGAGUGGAAUUUAAGGAGGAAAGCGACAUAGAAGGUAAUCGACGUGGAUCAUACUCAUACAUCGACCCAACCGGGCAAAGACGCACCGUCACUUAUACAGCGGGAAAGAACGGAUUCCAAGCGACCGGAGAUCACAUUCCUAGUGCACCCCCGCAAGUGCCACCGCAGCCGGAGUACGAACCGUUGGCGCAAUAUAAUCCGUCGGAUUACCAGCCUCCGAGUUACGCACCGCCAUCCCCUCAACAAUAUCCACGGCGCUAUCAAUCGGAUUACGAGCCGCAAUCUGUUGUUUAUCAACCGCGGUCUCAAUCGCCACCUCCUCAGCAGUAUCCGCGGCGUUAUCAACCGGAUUACGAGCUACAACCUGUCGUUUAUCAACCGCAGCCUCAACCGCAGCCUCAACCACAGCCUCAACCGCGGCUUCAACCGCAGUACCAGCCGCAGCCGCCACCUCGCUAUCAUUAUCCUUCGGAGUUGCAAGGUAUACCCUCGUAUGCGCCACCGAGGCCACACUAUCAAUCCCAACUUCGCCCCGCACCACAAUAUAACGUGAUAACGACACCGGCCUCGGCGCCGGCGCCGGCGGCGUCCAGGAAUUUUUAUCCGCCGGGAAAGCUCAGCUUCAAUCGGACCCCCGACGGCUUCUCUUAUAUGUUCAGCAAAAGUUGAGUGGCACGUGAGUUAUGUGAUAUGAGAAGCGAUAACAAAUCUGAGAUAAGAUUAAUUAAUUAAUUUAACA